GGCGGGAGUCACGUUACCCGAGGACGCGCGGCCGAGCGCAGGGCGCAGCCGAGCCCGGGGCGGCGCGACCACAGGUGCCCGCGGCCGGGGACUCUGGACCCCGACCGGACCUCAACCCAGAUCCUGACCCCGACCCCACGCCGGGGUCCUGGCCGGGGACCCCGACCCCAUCCCGGACCCCAACCUGGGAUCCUGGCCCGGGACCCCUGCCCGGAACUCUGACCCCAAUACGGGAUCUCUACCCCGACCCCCAUACCAGACCCCAACCUGAUCCAACCCGGGACCCCGACCACGCCCUGAGCCCAGACUCCGGAGCUCACCCGACUCCAGCCCAGAGCCCGACCCGGGACCCGGACCAGGUACCGGAUCCCCGCCAAGACUUCAGACCCUGAAUCCAACCCUGAACUUGACCUGGGACCCCUGCCCUAGGUUUCGGAUCCCAACCCUCUACCCCGACCCUAGACCCCUGACCUCGGACUCCGACCCCGACCCUGACCUCCUGACCCUCGACCCCGACCCACCAUGACGGGGCUGGAGGAGGACCAGGAGUUCGACUUUGAUUUCCUCUUCGAGUUUAACCAGAGCGACGAGGGCGCCGCCGCCGCCGGGGCCACCGCAGAACGCUACAGUUAUGCCACCACCGGCAUCAGUUCUGCUCUGCCCCUCCCCACGGCACCGCCCGCGCUGCCAGCUCCAUGCCACGACCAGCAGGCCUCGGCUGCUGGGAUCUCAGCUGUUGGGUCAGCGGGUCACCCUGCGGGGUACGCAGGCGCCAUGGACGGCGGGCCCUCGGGCUACUUCCUCCCCUCCGGUGGUGUCAGGCCCAACGGGGCCCCCGCCCUGGAGAGCCCUCGCAUUGAGAUCACAUCCUACCUGGGGCUGCACCACAACAACGGCCAGUUCUUCCAUGACGUGGCCGUGGAAGACGUUCUUCCCAACCCCAGACGCUCCCCGUCCACGGCCACCUUGAGUCUUCCCAACCUGGAGGCCUACCGAGACCCCUCAUGCCUGAGCCCGGCCAGCAGCCUGUCGUCCCGUAGCUGCAACUCCGAGGCCUCGUCCUACGAGUCCAGCUUCUCAUACCCGUACGCGUCCCCGCAGACGUCCCCGUGGCAGUCUCCCUGCGUGUCCCCCAAGACCACGGACCCUGAGGAGGGCUUUCCCCGUGGCCUGGGGGCCUGCAGCCUGCUGGGGUCCCCGCGGCACUCACCGUCCACCUCGCCCCGCACCAGUGUCACCGAGGAGAGCUGGUUGGGGGCCCGCACGUCCAGGCCCUCGUCCCCCUGCAACAAGAGGAAGUACGGUCUCAACGGCCGGCAACUGUCCUGCUCCCCACACGCCUCGCCCACGCCGUCCCCGCACAGCUCGCCGAGGGUCAGCGUCACCGACGACACUUGGCUGGGCAACACCACGCAGUACACGAGCUCUGCCAUCGUGGCUGCCAUCAAUGCCCUGAGCACCGACAGUAGCCUGGACCUGGGCGAUGGUGUCCCCGUCAAGGCCCGCAAGACCGCCCUGGACCACUCACCCUCACUGGCGCUCAAGGUGGAGCCGGCAGCCGAGGACCUGGGGGCCACGCCGCCCACAUCCGACUUCCCACCUGAGGAGUUUCCGCCCUUCCAGCACAUCCGCAAGGGCGCCUUCUGCGACCAGUACCUGUCGGUGCCGCAGCACCCAUACCCGUGGGCCAGGCCACGGUCCCCGACGCCCUAUGCCAGCCCGUCUCUCCCUGCCCUGGACUGGCAGCUGCCGUCACACUCAGGACCCUACGAGCUGAGGAUCGAGGUGCAGCCCAAGUCCCACCACAGAGCUCAUUACGAGACGGAGGGGAGCCGCGGGGCUGUGAAGGCAUCGGCCGGAGGACACCCCAGCGUGCAGCUGCACGGCUACGUGGAGAGCGAGCCGCUCACCCUGCAGUUGUUCAUCGGGACGGCAGACGACCGGCUACUGAGGCCGCACGCCUUCUACCAAGUGCACCGGAUCACCGGGAAGACCGUGUCCACCACCAGCCAUGAGGCCGUCCUCUCCAACACCAAGGUCCUGGAAAUCCCGCUUCUGCCAGAAAAUAACAUGCGCGCAAUCAUUGACUGUGCUGGGAUCCUGAAGCUCCGAAACUCUGACAUUGAGCUUCGCAAAGGGGAGACGGACAUUGGGCGGAAGAACACCAGAGUGAGGCUGGUCUUCCGCGUCCACAUCCCGCAGCCCAACGGCCGGACACUGUCACUGCAGGUGGCCUCCAACCCCAUCGAGUGCUCCCAGCGCUCAGCCCAGGAGCUGCCCCUCGUGGAGAAGCAGAGCGCAGCCAGUUGCCCAGUCCUGGGCGGGAAGAGGAUGGUCCUGACUGGCCACAACUUCCUGCAGGACUCCAAGGUCGUUUUCGUGGAGAAAGCACCAGAUGGCCACCACAUCUGGGAAAUGGAGGCGAAAACCGACGGAGACCUGUGCAAGCCGAAUUCCUUGGUGGUCGAGAUCCCGCCUUUCCGCAACCAGAGAAUCACCAGCCCCGUCCAGGUCAACUUCUACGUGUGCAACGGGAAGAGAAAGAGGAGCCAGUACCAGCACUUCACCUACCUGCCUGCCAACGCUCCAGUCAUAAAAACGGAGCCCAGCGAUGACUACGAGCCUGCCCUCACCUGUGGACCAGUGAGCCAGGGCCUGAACCCGCUCACGAAGCCUUGCUACGGCCCGCCACUCGCCCUGCCACCCGAUCCCAGCUCCUGCCUUGUGGCCGGCUUUCCACCCUGUCCACAGAGAAGCGCCAUGAUGUCUCCGCCACCCAGCGCCAGCCCGAAGCUCCACGACCUCUCCUGUGCCCCCUACAGCAAAGGCAUGGCCGGCCCGGGCCACCUUGGACUUCAGCGGCCAGCCGGAGGGGUCCUUGGAGGCCAGGAGGCACCGAGACCUGGGGGCCCACAUCCCAGCGCCCCCCAGCCACCACCCCCCGCCCUGCUGCAGCCACAGGUGAGUCCACAGCCUAGCAGCGGCUGCUCCCUGGGGCGCCAGCCAGCACUCUGUCCCCACAGCCCCUCCACUGCACUACCGCCUGGUACCCACGAGCCAACCUGUCCGCAGCCCUGCAGCCCAACACACGCCCCCGGGAUGGGCCACCAGCAGCACCAAUCUUCGAAGGUUCUGAGAAGUGAGCCAGCCGCCCGGCCCCCACCGCCCGAGGUGCGUGAGGACAGUGAUCAUAGUCUGGCCCCCAUUCCCAUAACGGUCAAGAGAGAGCCGCGGGAGCUGGACCAGCUGGACCUGGAUGACGGAAGCUUGUCUGGCAGCUCUUGGAGAAGACGGACAGUGGUCAGCCGGGAAGGUGCUGCGCCCUGACCCCACUUCCCCAUCUGUCACUCCUUCUGGGGUCUUCGUCACUCCUAUGAUGGAAAUGGGCCCCAACUGAUCCUCAGGCUCGGUCCGAAUCCCACACGGAGCUCCCACAGAGCUGGGGUGUAGAACGCACCCACGGUGCCACUGCGAUGGGUGCGGUUCUCAGCCUGGGUGAACCACCGUGGACACGUACCCUACGCAGCUUGCUUUCCCCAUGCUGUCUCUUUUUGAGGACAUAUGUCAAGGCUUCUUCAGAAAUCAAAUCCAGAUAAACAGAGAAGGGAUGAUGGUGAAUUUCCAAAAGGAUAGUUCUGAUCCUCUGGAGGAAGAAAUUCAACAGGCAGAAGACAAUGUGCAAAUUACUGCAGGAGUGGCUUCACUGCUGCUGGCAGCCAGUGGUCAGAGGCCCGCAGGGGAGAACCUGCUCAGACGCCAAGUCUUGGUGAAACUCCUGGAAGGGACCAACCCACUUUCAAAGAGGAUGUGUUGGCACGUCCCUUGCUCAAUGAGGCUUUGUAGGGCUGUCAGGACCCCUGACCCCUGGGAAGUCUGCAGGGCAGGGGGGAGUGCGGAGAGCAGGCUAAACACCCACACAAUGUUCAGAACUUAAACGACAAUUCAAGAUGACAAAGCAGUGCUCCAAACACUGCCUGAUGAGUGAAUUACAGAGGCCGGCGAGUCUCAGCGCGCCUGCUUCUGGCCUGGAGAGACUUAGACACGGCGUCGGCUCCAAGGAGCAGACGGGAGCUGCGUCUUAGAGGCCAUCUGGCAUCUCGGUUUCUCGUGGGAAGUGCAGCGUAAUUGGGCGGGGCGAGCCUCUGUCAGACGACACUUUCCCAACCCCAGGUCCCAUGUCCGUCCAGCCUGGGAGACCCUUCCCGGCCCUGCCAUGGUCCCUGGUCCACAGCCCCAAGCAUCCUUUCCAUGUGUGGGACACACAGCGGCUCCCUGGCCUGUUCUUUCAGGUGUUGCUGGAAAGGGCUGCUGCACUGCUCUGGCUGAGGCGGUCUUGGGGCCCAGGGUGAUUCGGCAAGGCUGUUCAUGUGGGCAGUCACCAGGGCAAACUGUUAUUACACAAAGUCAAUUAGCGUGUGCACAAGCCGGUCCUGUUGAUUUGAUUUAGAGCUAAGGAGGGCUCCAGUAUUGUACAAUUACAAGAAACCUAAUGGCCCUUUGUACUGAAGGCAACUUGCAUGGCACCUAAUAUACUUUGAUGAAUUACUCAUUAUGUGCAAUGUUGGAAUAGCUUCUAUAGAGAUUAAUAAUUGGAUAAUCAAUACAACAAUUCAAUCUUGGUUUUGCUUUUUUCCUACUCCAGGGUCAAUAUGUCCUGUCCUCUUUCAUUUGCCCAAAUUUUCUGACUCCCCCUCCUUCAGAUUAUUUUCCAAAUUAGGAGUUUUAAGAGUAACUUGCACCCUUUUUUCUUCAUGCCUUGCAUGAUUUUUUGGUUCAGAUCUUUAUGGUUCUGCUAUGGGUCAGUUUUGUCAACCCUCAGAGGUACAGUUUUGCCCUCAGGUGGGCUCUGUUCAGCGGGGAGGGGAGCAGACAUGAGCACUUAAGACCUCAGGUGCAUGGGUGGCCUUUCUGGGGCUCUGCGUGCGUAAGGGGUGCUCUGGACACCCUCAGGGGCAGGGGGGAGGCACACCGACUCUCAGCACAGACGCUGAUUCUUCAGGUUUCCACCCUGGAGACACUGACCAUGGGGCUGUGGGGCCGUGGGGUGGGCCUGAGACAGUGGUUUAAGGCUGGCAGCAGUGCUGGUCCUGGGCUUGUGGCCUGGAAGUAGGGGAACGGGCAGGAGUGGUGGCUAUGGUGUCCAGGGUCUGCAUCUCGCCACGUGGGUUGGCGAGAUGCGAACCAGCUAUGAGAGGCAAAGUUGCCUGGCUGCUGUGUGAGCCCCAGGAGAAGGUCUCAGGACCCCACAGACAUUCGUGGGUGUGAAUCAAAUCCUUGAGGUCUUGUUAAGAUGCUCAGGAGGCCUGCCUGGGUGGGGCCUGAGAACCGGCAGCUCAGGUGUCACAGUGGUCCACGGGGGCAUGAGGCCUGGGCAGUGGGCAUGAGACUAAGGGGAGGGCCAGGCAGAGUGCAGAGCCCCUGUGUCCACCUUGCCAUGGGUCAGUGGGUGCCGGGGAGCUGGCCACCAGCUUCUCCCUGCUCGUGGUGUUGGUGUUGAACUGUGAAAGUUCCAGAUGUAUUCAGGUAGAGUGAAUACACACAGGCCCCUGUCCCCUCACCCUGAUUCCUGGCCGGCCCAGCGGCCAAGACAUAGCAGGGUCACUGCAUCUGCCCUUAGUGUUGUUGCCAAGAAGGAAGUUUAAAUGCAGGCCCAGACCCACACCUUCACCCUGUAUCCCUCAGACACAUUCGUCCUUUUCGACAGCCGUUUCCUACAAGAUCAUACCUAACAAAACGACUGCUACUGCUCUGGCCAGCCCAGGGUUUAGUUCCAAGUCAUGCUUAACCUCGAGGUGCAGCUUCACUUGCCACGACCCCAGCGUCUCCUCUGCUUCCUCAAUGAGCAGUGUCUCUGACCCAAACUGGCACCUGGUGGCAGAGUCAAGGGUCCCGUCCAGGUGGCCCGAAUGCCCCACACUGGGAGCAGUGAUGUGUGGCUUCCCUGUCCCCAAUGUGGCCACCAAAGAAGGAACAGCCACUUGGUUGGUGUCUUGGGACUUCAGCGCCCUGACGUCAACAUGCCAGCAGCCAGGGAAGGAGUGUGUGUUCCCAUGGCAGAGUGACAGAAGAGCAUGCCUUCCACACCUUUAUUUUUUAAUAAAGGGGGCUUUGACACUUUCUAUUUUUCCAAUUCCGACCAUUGUGUGAAUAGGAAUUUCAUAGCGGGGUGGGUGGGGGGUGUUUUCUGGCGGCACAAAGCAGGCCCUGGAAAAAUGCUUGUUGGUGGUUUAAUGAGCCCAGUGAGUAACGGGAAGGAGUUGGGCGCAGAUGAGAUAAUGGGCCAGGUAAUGUGGAAAGCACACGCCCGCACACAUCAGCGGGAGGCGCGGGCCUGGCCGGGGACCCUCCCAGGCACGUGGCUGGCCUGUUCCCCACGGACGUGGAGUUUCCACCCGGAGAGUUCGCAUUAUUGGGAGUUUUCAGGCUAAAUAAGGAAGCAGCCACCGAGGUAGGACAAUUAUUCUGUUUUAAUGGCUGGCAACCCCGCGUAACAACAGUGUCCAUCGUCACCAGCCCCACAUCCAGCUGGGAGGGUCAUGUUUUAUUAAAACCUGACUUGUUGUCAUCCAGCCCUCUGCUGUCCCAUCCUCUCCUUCCAAAAAUAGCAGGCCUGGUGGCAGUGGCUUAUUAUGAUUAAAAGAUAAAAAUAAGUGAAGGCUGAAAUAGGUCCAGGAUGCCCGAGGUAACACGAGAACUUACUUUUUAAUGAAACUUGAGAAACUGUCUUAUUUUCCACUGCUUCACAAAGCAUCUCUGAAAAAAACCCCAGGAAAGUAAAAAAGCACUUCAGCGAUGUUGCAGCUCUGCAUUUUCAGAAUCACAGUGGUCCCGAAGCCCUCAUGGCAACAUCGCUCUUUCUAGCCCAGAGUCUCACAGAUGCAGUGCCUCCCGUGUGGAAGCCACGGUACCUGGAGAGGAGUGACUCACAACUCAAGAGGUGGCGUCUUCUCCAGAAGUUAAGAGCCACACAAGAGCCCCCACUUCUCUUUGCCGCAGCACCUGCACCUGAGCAGACGUCCCCUGGGAGCUGCACCCCUCCUCCUGUGCCCUGGUCUCAGCUCUGUGGCCCAGCUCACAUCCACUGAAAUAUCUUAAAUGAGAGCUGAGCCAAAGUGCAGGGGUCCAGCAGAAAACGGGGAUCUCACAUCCACUGCCCAGGCCUCGUGCUGCCAUGGACCGACGUGUCACAGGAGCUGCUGGGAUGCAGAUUCUCAGGCCCCACCCAGGCCCCCCUGAGUAUCUUAACAAGACCCCCAGCAAUUCCUUUUGCACCCACGAACAUCUGCGGAGCCCUGGGCUGGUCCUUUCCCCGCAAGGAAAGUCACAGGAGUGACUUGCAGCCACCAUCAGAGGGCUUCCUUAUCCUGAAAUCAUUAGAUUCACAGGUUUAGCAGAGCAAAUAUAAUCUGGAGACUUCCUAGAAGUUGGUUCUAUAAGAACAGAUUUGGCCUGAGAUAUUUCUGGUUCGUUUCUGUCUGCCUAAAUUAUUAUCCUCUUAGUUUACAAUACUAACUUUAGUGAAAGGUGAGUUUUCCAGGAAAAUUAACAGAUAUUUUUUUAAAUUAUUUUUUAGUUAUAGGAGUGGGAAAGAAAGCCCUUCCUGUUUUGUUUUGCUCUUCACAGAGCUAUUUGGGCUUUCCCUUAAAAAGAAACCUGUUUCUGAUGACUCGUCCUCUGUAAGGACGUGCAUUUUUCUGUCCCUCAAAGAAAAACGGAGUGAACAAGUAACAGUGGCCUUUGUGCCACGUAUUUAUUUAUGUGCAGUGCUUCAUCUGGUCAUGGGCUUGAUGGAAGAGCCGAGGGGUGUGAUGCAACAUGAAGUGCUGUGUUGGAACUGGGGUGGGAACAGGAUUCUGUGGGGACCCCACGGUGGACUCAUCAAGACUCUCUUUGUCUCCUACAUUGGUUUUGUCGAGAGGACAAUGAUGGCUUUAAACAAAUAGGUCUCUUCAUGAAAAGCAAUGUCGUAGCACGUUGUAAAACCAAGAACGGAGAAAAUGACAGUAGCCCCACUGGGCUGGCUAGUUGCCAAGUCGCAGCAGAUAAAUGUUAAUUUUGAAAACUCAUAGUACAGUUAGUCUCCUUAUUGGAAAAAAAUGGGGGGACUUUAAAGUGUGUCAUAUGUCGUUAAGUGGGUAACCUAUGGAAUUAGGGCAAUUUGAUAAGCUGUGUCAACAAAUACGGUUGGUUUUUCACUGAUGCAAAAGUAUUUGCAAAGUAUGGACCUUAUCGGAGUUAAUUAAGCUUUUUUAACAGUACCGAUUAAACAGUGUGGCUGAGUUAACAUCGGAACUAGGUUCCUCCUCCAAGCCCAGAGACGGCCCCGAGAAGCCAACAUAUCUGAGAACCAGCCAGAAAAUCCCACACUUCGGGUCCUUCCUUUCCCCAGGCUGGGUGUUCAGGGCCUCGACACUGGCGGAAUCCCCCCCAGCAGAGGGGGCAGAGCCCACCACAGGUCCCGGCAUUGGGCCAUACAGAGACUAUUCCCGUUGUUUUUCCCAGUCACAGCUGCUGCCGAUUCUCUGUGGCAAAGGAAGGGACACGGCUGGUAUUUGCAUUAGCCUGAAAAACCCACACAGAUUCUACUUCUGAUAACAAAGGGGUCCACACGCUUUGUCGGAAAUAUGGAAACAGAGAGUAGAGGUGGCCCCGUCCUCGUCCCAUUUUGUGCCUUGUGGUUGAGCCCAGACUUUGCGUCAGCUCCAGACCUGGACCAUCUCACUCGCACCCCCGGCCGGUUUCUCUUUUUCCGACAGUCAGUAAACGGAAAGUUCGCCAGAAAGUGCUCGAGUGCUUCUCUUCCCCUUAAUGAAGGCAGUACGAUGCCCCCCACCCACGGAGCAGUCUCAGCAGCUGUCCUGCCGCGUGGGAACAGACCCCAGGAGCCGGCCCCACUGUGUGAGGACCGGUGCAUUGCCUGCCCUCUCCCGGGGAGCUGGGGGUGAUGCUGCCGUCCUCCCCUAGCACACAGCUGUCUGGGGGGACUUCUCCCCGAAUCACAGAGCAGACAGGGCGAGUCCCACCUCCUGUUUUCACAGCCGUGACCUUCAGGCCCCAGGCAGGUACAAAGCAAGCCCAGGCCGGAGGCAGAAUGGGAAGAGGCUGCCUUCAUCCAGCACUUUCUCCAGCUGCACCUUCCUGGCCUUGCAUUUGUGUUUACUUAUAGGAAGGUUGCAGGCUGCCCCCAGUCCCCCCACUGAUGUCGUGUGUGCCACCGAUGCAGCGUGGACUCGGGAUAGUUUUGGUCUCGGGAAAACUGGAAAAUUGCAGGAUCCUUAGGCUUCAAGGUCGCUCACGGCUAUGGGAGGCCAAGUCGAGUGGCCCAGGCGCUGCCCUGGCAAACGGGUCAGGCCGCCUUUAAAAGCAGAGCCACCCGCGUUCUCUUCCCGGCUUCACUCCUGAUGGCUGCUUUCCUCAGGGUUUUGUAUUUGGAUUCUGAUCACGGAUGGUCCUGUAUUUCCUGGGGUCUCAGGGACCUGCUCAUGCCAGGACCCUGGGUUUUCCUUUGUGGCCCCUCUUUUCCUCUGAUGUUAUUAUUGCCACCCUCAAAGCCCCUGUUAUUUAGUCAAACACAGAAGCAUCUGUAUCGCUUCUCCAUUGAGAGUAGGAAGUGGGACAGCCAGUGAUAAAGUCUCGGGCGGAAAGGCCGUGACACUGGUGGUAAGCGGCCGUCCUGGGCUGGGGGUGGGUAGGAGGCCCCCAUAGGCAGGAGGAACCCUGGGGCCCCUCAGAGGUCAAGUCCUAGAAGGAGGCCGAGCGGGGAUGGUGCUUCCCCAAGAGAGAAGCAACUGUGACAGCCCCCAGCCCUGCUUGUGAGACAAGUUAAUGGCCUCUGCUGGACCACGGCGGGGAGGGGGGGCCUUCUGAGAUGGCGGCCAGCGGGUCCCCCUGGUAUUCAGCCCAUAGCGCGGGGGACACUAUCUUCACAGUCCACUAGGAGUGGGGGCCCACAGACCCUGGAUCUCCUCCUUUAAAAAAAAAUUUCUAAAGCACAUAAAAGCUAGUACAGGAGAAAUGACUGAAAAAAAAAAAAAAGAUCUUUUUAGCUCAAAGAGAACACUGUGUUUGUAUGUGUGGCGGUGGGUGGGUAUGUUGGUUUGUUUUGUUGUAGGAGAAGCAUCCACAGAAAAGGAAAGUCAUACCUGUGCCCUUGGCCUCCCCUGGCCUCGGAGACUGUAGGGGAGCAGGUGAGGCUGGGAACAGAGGACUCAGGGGACCUAAGGACCCAGGUCCACCUGGCUGGGCUACUGGGACCAUAGCGCCCCAGUGUCCAUCCACCUCCACAACCAGGCUGCUGCUGGCUUUCCUAGGAAGUGUUAAGAAGGAUUAGUUCAGGCUGCCCUAUGGAGGGGGGACCACGAGGGGGCCAUCUGGACACUCACAGGACCACAGUGUGUCCAGGUUGGGAGUGGGGCAGUCCCCGCUCAGGUUGCCAAGUCAUGACCUGUGGUGCAAGGGCAGUGGGCCCCCUUCAUGCCACUGCCUUUACUUUCUUGUAGGGUCAUUGCCAGGAUCAAGAAUAACAUACGUGCAGGUGCUUAGAAGUGAACAGUGAAGGCUGCACACGGGUUAGGUAAAGAAGUAGUUUGCUCAUUCCCUAAGAUUUGAUUUGAGAUCCUUAGUUGCAUUCAGAAAAGCUAGGCAUGGAGAGGGGAGAACCAUACCAAAACUAUUCAGAACCACAGUUCCUUUUAGGUUUGCCCUGUGCUCGGUGUGGUCAUGCAAGACACAUGAGUGCAGCCUUGGAGAUGGGCUAUGGGCGUCUCACGACAGCCCAGGGCUUGCUGUCAGCUCUUUGUGAAGUCGUGGGCAAGGAAGAAACCCAUAUGUGAAAGUGCAAAUAUUUUCCUUUGCAAGAGACAUCUCACCUUGCUGGUGGGCUUGUGUGCUCAUUAUUAACAGCAGAGGCAUCUUUAUGGAGUGUCAGGAAGGAUAGAGUUAAAACUGACAAGUGGAAUGCAGGUACAGGUGAAAAGCUGCGCCUGUACAUGCUGGGUUUUGUAUUUUAAAAAAUGCUAACGUCCUUUUCACUCAAAUCCAGAUACACACACACACACACACACACACACACACAUCCUGGGUGUAUAUCCCAGAUUAAAACAACAAUUCAAACUGCCACAUGAGUUCUAGAAAAAAAAAAAAAAAGUUUCCACCUUAGGAGCAUUUUAGAGAAAAGUUAAAUAUAAGGGAAAAAACCUUUCUUAUUAAAUCGAAUUGUGGUAUAACAGCUCACCACAUCCUGUCACAGGGACAUCUGACAGUAAGCAAAGCAAAGGUUCCGCUUUCAGGUCCCCGGCCACCUCUGAGUGUCACAUGUUACCUGCAGUUCAAAAUACUUCUGUAGAGAAAAACCCUCCAUGUCGGUGGAAAAGCUGAAUAAGAAGAUGGAAAUUAUCAGUCGAGAGAAGACACUGUGGGAAACGUAGGUGUCAUCGGCACAACCGGAUCAAAGAAAGAAAAGCCACCCCCGAACCACCAGCCCAGGGCCCAGAGGGCGGGGCGGACGAGGCCUCGGACCCAUGACCUCACGGAGGAAAGAUAGGAAGUCGAGGCCGGGAAGAGAGCGGGGCGGGGGCGCAAGGCUUCCGUUCCCAGCCUGAGCCGAGGCUGCCCAGCCCACCCUUCCUGGCUGCCCAGCCCUCAGGGAAGGGGGUCUGUCACAUCGCCCCCUGUAGGGCCCCUGCCCAGACUGAGCCUGAGGCCUGAAGUCGGGGCUGUGGACAGGCCUCCAUCAGCGGCUGCCUGGCCUCCGGGGCCCAGACUCAGGAAGCCCCAGGCAGAGGAAGGAGUGCGCCGUGCUGGUUUGGGAGCCUGAGCCCCAGAGGGACAGGCAUGGACCCCACCUGACAGUCCAGGUUUGGGUGGCUGGGUUGAUGUGCCAGGCGGGAGCCCCCUCCCCUCUCCCGAGGUCUCUGACCCUCAGUGCCAAGGAGAGAGGGUCGGGCGCCUCCCUGAGGAGCCAGGCCUGGAUCCCUAGGGGCCCGGGACUCGCUGAGUGACUCAGGGCUGCCCACCUCCACACCUCUCCAGAGUUCAGGUGCGGGUGGGCAGCAAGGGGAAGCCCCUGCUGAUGCUCUUCCCCUUUCAUCUUGAAGAGCAGAUGUUCUUCUCCUGUGGUCUGAAGGCCCUGAGUAACUACAGCUUCUCAGCUCCUCUGCCUACUGCUUCUUACUCCAAGAGACUUUCUCUCCAUCAGUGUCACCCUCUGCCCGCCCCCUUCUCCCCAUCAUCAUUACCCUGCGACCUCCUCCUUCUCUUCAUCAUUGUUACCCUCACACCUCCCCCUUCUGUCCAUCAUUGUUCCUCUCUGACCCCUUUUCCAGCAUUUCUGGUAUUACUAGAACCAGAUUUCUAGGACCUCAAUUGUCUCAUAACAGAAUGAAGGGCUCCCCCAUUUCUGUGUCAUUGAUUGAAGAUCUGUCCCUCUCCUUCACAUGGAUCCUGUUUACACCUGUCCCCAUCAUGAAAUCUCUGCUUUGAGGCUGAUGGCUGCUUUUUUGCACCUGGAUGCUUGCAGCUGGGCUCCGAGUCCACCCUCCCAAUAGUGCCUGCCGCCCAGUGGGAGGAACGCUGGCCCCUGUGUGGCCCCAAACCUGUUGUUUAAUCUGAAAGCAGCUUAGGCAGACCUGCUGGGCCUAUGGCCUUGGGUUCCUUUGGGACCAGAGGGGUUGAGGACCACGAAAGCGUCCUGUGCAAUGUCAGGGGUGGAGUGAGUAAGUGUGCUGGGCCGUCCCCACAGUCGUGGGUCUCUGUACGAACGCCCAUGUCUUCCCAGCACGUUCCACACGCCUUCCCUGGUACAGAGAUAUUCUGACAGCGGGUCAACCCUCUCCUUACCCAGACCAAACCCCAAAGAGGUGGCGGCCAGGUUGAGCCCAGGGCCUUCAGAGAACAUGUGGCUAUGUGUCAGGUGGCUGUAUGGGGUCCGCAGCACCCACAGCCCUCCCUCCCCCCCGGCAGGCAGCCCGGCGCCACCCCAAGUGCAGAUGGUAGUGGUGCUGAGAGCCAGCCACACAGGCGGCCCUUGGUGACAGUGGCCCCAGCACAGCCCCGCGGGAGGAGCCAGGGCUGGGGUCCACUGUGCGGGUUAGCGGCUGUGAAGUGGUGCCAGUGAGUUCUGUUAUCAGUUCCCAGGACACAGUUCCUGGUUCCCCCACUGGUUUUGUUAUUGUUAUUCUGCAAACUAGGUGGGGAUGUUGGAAGGGAGUUCAGGGAAGGGAGUGGGGUGGGAGCACGCCCGGCCAAGUGCUCCAGGAAGCGCCCUCGGACAGGCCAGCCUUUAUCUGGGCGGCAGAGGGAAACCCGGGCAGUUCCAUGACGCCAGCGCCAGCCCCCACCUCCGAGUCCCGUUAGCAAGGCAGGCGGUGGUGACAGCCUCCCGUGACACUUCUCCUCUGUGGUGCCGCUCGGUAGGCGGAGGGCGGGGGGUCGUGCAGCUCCCUCCCCGGGGUCUCUGCCAGUUCGCUCAUUUCCUCUCCAGCUGCCAAAAAUCACACACUGAUAGUGCACAGGGACACGGGACAUAAGUGAAGGAAGAACCUGAAACGGAGGCUCGGGCCCUGGUGUUGCCAUCCUCUCUCUAGACCUGGCCUGUCUGACUCCGAGGCCAGGGGCAGGGUUUUUCGGGGCUCUGGUGGCCUGGGCCGUGUGCGAGGCCUGGAGACGCUCAGGGUGCCCGCACUUUUGAGCCUGACUCCUCAUCAGACCUGAGGCCGAUGCUGACAGUGUUUCUGGCCCAGAGCAGCUCUGUGGUCAGGGUCACCAGCCCCAUGUGUCCUACCAGUUCAGGGCGCCGUGAGGAUGCUGGCGGGCAGCAGCGGGGACACCUUUGCGCAGGCUGAACCUAAUGAUGGAAUCUCGGGUUAUAGACAUGACCUUGCAUGCAGAGUGCUGUUCCUCUAAUGCCCAUCUUUGUUUUCUUGCAGUAAACGAAAUAAUACGAAACGACCUCUCCAGCACCAAUAUCCACUCAUAGUUGGCAACGUGGGACUCUCAGAAGCUCCGCGGCAUGGACGUUAUGGCAACAACUUCUGAGUAAACACCCUGAACUCACACGGGCACCUGGUACCUCUCAGAACUGCCCACUGCAGGCUGACGUCAUGUGUACAGAGAAGUGACUCCGGGCAGGAAGGGAUGCUCCACCUCCUGAGGGAAAGUGUCUCAAGAAGGAGAAGAAAGUGGGUGGCUGGGGUGAGUGCGGGACAGCCCGCGUGAGGCUCCCCUCAAGCCACCCCACUGCCGAGGCAGCCUGGUCCCAGGCCUCACCCUUCCGGCACCCCUGAAUUUCAUGCUGGAAGUGCCUUAAUUACCCCGACCACACCAUCAGGGUGUCGCAGAGUGGAGCAGUGAAUUUGCUACCAGGAAAGUAUUUGUAGGAGCAGAAGCUAAAGACGCUUGGCCAAGAGGCUUGAUUCUUUGUACAAAUUAAGGGAAUCCUGGGGGGCAGAGCAUCUGGAGGAAGCCCAGUGCUCGUUUCCUCCUGUCUUCAACCUUUCCUGGGCAGUAGCAUCAUACGAUCCCGUUGCCUUAUUCAGUGCAUUUCAGAACUGCUCCCAAGUGUCAUCUCAGCUCUUUUAUAACCUUCUCUCCCCGUCCCCGUGGUACGCAAACCAUAGGGCUGUUCAUUGUAGCAUGUUAAGAUUUUGUUUUUAAUCUGGCUUCAAACACAGCACAAGUAAGUUGAAUAGCACAAGACAGGUUACUGGACAAAAAAAGAAAUCUCUCCGCGUCAGGGUAGAUUUUGCAUUUGCAUGUGUGUACAUAUAUAGGCAUAUAUUUAUGUAUGAACAAUAACAGAGGUGGUGAUAUACAGCCUUCGCCCAGCAAGGGUGUCCGCAUUAGCAAUAACCAGUGUCCAUUUUGGAAAGAGCACCCAUGGCCCCAAACCUGGCUUCCUAGCCAUUCCCGUGGGGGAGCCCCGCCCCCUCCUCCCCCGCAUCUGCGUUUCGUCGCCUCCUGCAGUUAACCAAGCACUUUAGAAGCCAGGAGAGGUGCGUUCACAGUACCGUCUGUUACCAAAUGGCAAAAUUGGAAAGAAACUGUAAAUAGCAUUACAGAAGGAGUGUAAUAUAUUUGUUCAGCUGUAAGAUGGUUAUUUCACAGAAGCCUUAUAACCUCGCUUCAUGUAAGAAAACGAUUACCAAAAACAGCAUUUUCAUAUGCAGCGACUGUAGUGUGUUUCCAGACUAGUUACUGUUAAUACGUAGGUUAGUGUAAGCUUUCUGCUGCAUUCCGUACACUUAACAGCUUAUUACAUGAUUGCCAGCAGUGACCCGUUGUCUCACGUAACCAAAAAGCAUGGUGUGACGAACACGGUUAACCUAGUAACUGUGCCUUAGGAACUCACGCCCCCUCAUGGAGCACGGGGGAAUCACACCCUCCGACGAAGUGACAAGCAGUUCCCCUCACUCGAGAGCUCUCCCACAGAAAGAAUCACUUAAAUGUCCUUCUGUCCAAUCAUGUCUUACUUUGUAAGUCACAGAGGCGAACAUCUGAAAGCCAUAUUGAACCAUUUGCACAUUACUGUGAAGAGCCGAGGAUCCAUGGCUUCGUGUGCGUAGACCUGCCCGCGUUUAGCUCUGUAGGACUUGCAUGAGACAUUUCUUGGUAGACUGUCAUGGAAGGGACACGUUUGCUCCUGUGUCAGCUAUCUCUGUAGUUAGAAAUAGGUCCAAUAAAGCAAUAUUUUUUUGCUGGA